AUGGUGAGCUUUGAGGACGACGACGAGAAUGAGUCUAGCUCCGAGAACGAGGUCGACGAGACCAUGGACGAUAUUGACGAGGGCGACGCCGACGCCGACGCGGAUGCUGAUGCCGAUGCGGAUGCGGAUGCCGACGCAGAUGGCGACGACGAUGCAGAGGGGGACAAUGACGACGACGACGGGGACAACGACGAGGAAGACGAGGACCAGGAUGACACCCCGGAUUCCCCCUCGCGCUCGCAACGGCCGAACGCGCAAGACGGUUCGCAAAUGCAGAACGGCACUGGCCAGGGUGCAGCUCCGUCGCGACAAGACCAACCUAUGCGUCUUGCUUCCGCAUCUCCACAUCGUUCCGUCACGCCGAACGGCACCCUUCCCCUGCGACCUACCGUGCGCCCAGAAGCGCUCACGGCCAGCUCUUACGACAUCGUCCCCACCAUUGCAGCCCCUCACAGUACAUCUAUCAACACCAUUACCGCGACACCAGACAUGCGCUGGGUCUUCAGCGGAGGUGCGGACGGAUACAUAAGAAAGUUCAACUGGGUGGACACAGCCAAUGCCAAACUGAUGCUGACUGUGGCGCAACGACAUCCCUUUGUGGACAGCGUCACGAAAGCUGGCGUCUUGCUAAGUUACUGGGAAAACGAGGAAACUUCAGACAGGACCCCUCCUUCCACAAAUGAUGACAGCGUAUCUCUCUCGCCUGUGUAUUCUUUAGCUGUACACCACCAGGCCCUUUGGCUGCUUUCAGGGACCGAGUCCGGCGCAAUCAACCUUCAAACGGUCCGGCAUCAGGAGGGCCAUCGCAUCACUUCUCUUCGAAAACACACCUCUGCGGUUUCGGUCCUGAGUCUUGCGCAAGACGAGAAGUCUGUGCUGUCUGGCAGUUGGGAUAAGACCAUUAACGACUGGGAUCUCAAUGUGGGCCAGGUUCGCCGGCGAUUUGAGAUGAGUGGAGGACAGAUUUCCGCAAUUGAGCCGCGCCCCUUGUCAACAUUGCCUGUGCCUGAAGAAGCAGGGCCGCCGCUCUAUUCCAACGGAACGUUCAGCUCCAACAACGACGCAAGGCCGCUCACCAAUGGCGUCAUAACAAAUGGCGUGCCCGCAGCAGGCCAGGAUGAAGAUGCCCCUGGUGCUGAAAACGACUCUUUAUUUGGAGACAAUGAUAACGAUUCGUUGUUUGGUGGCAACGGUGACACGAGCGCAAAUCCGUCGGGUGCUGCAUUUGGUGACGAUGAAGAUGACGAGUUCUCAAGAGCCAUCGCAAAUGAGAUUCGGCACGCUGAAGAGCAAGAUGCGCAGGGUGACAUUGACAUGACGGAUGUCGGUGGCCCUGUCCAGCCCCUCGAUAUGUUGCAAGACAACGAGAAUGGUGCUCAAGCAACUGCGCCUGCCGAGCAAAAUACGAAUGCUCCAGGCAUCUCAACAUCACAGACUGAUGUCACAAUGAACGGCCUGCCGCACGCUGAAGAGGGCGCCGAUGCUGGGGCUUCUAUCUCGAAUACCUUCUCCUCGCAAGACGAUUCAACCCCGUCUUCCGACACAACCUUCCUAGAUGCGUCCUUUCAUGGCACAUUGCGCGUUUGGGACCGAAGACAGCCGAAUCCCAUCGCACGGAUUGUCCCCACUCGCGGUACUCCACCGUGGUGCAUGAACGCUUGCUGGUCACCAGAUGGUAAUUACAUAUACGCUGGACGCCGCAAUGGCACUGUCGAUGAAUACAGCCUGCACAAGGGCUUAAGGGAACCUUCUCGCACUUUCAAGUUCCCCUCUGUCAGUGGUGCAGUUAGCACCGUCAGGGCCAUGCCGAACGGAAAGCAUCUCGUCUGCGCUUCGUACGAUAUUCUCCGUUUGUACGACCUCAGGGAACAAGAAGGCACCAAGCAUGCCGCCGUUCCGUACACCAUUGUACCCGCCUAUCAGCGCAACCGCCAUCCGAGGAGCACUGAGUACGAAACUUGCACGAUGGCUUCGACACGCGCCGCAGGCAUGGCAUCCUUCAUGAACUCCGACAAAUUCUCUGACAUCACGAUCGAAUGGGGCAAGGGGCACCAGUUCAAGGCCCACAAAGUCAUUCUUGCUGCAAAGUCUGGGUGGUUCCACACUGCGUUCACAAGCGGCUUCAAGGAAGCCAAUGCAAGCUCUAUCAAGCUACUUGGCGACAACCCAAGCCACUUGGGAGAUAUGCUCCGGUUUCUUUACACAGACAAUGUCUUACCACCGCUCGGAAACAGCUGCAGCGUGAGAGUCUCUCACUGCUUGGGUCUCUAUGAGCUUUCCAACAAGUAUGACAUUCCGUCUUUGGCCCAGUUCACGGCCAAGUUGAUACACGGAUUCAUCGAGAGAUCUUCAACAGGCACUUGUGACAUCUUAUGUAUUCGGGUCGCGCGGAUGCUGUACUGCGAUUUGUCGCAUGAUGGCCAUUCGCUGAGGAAGAAGUUUCUGGAGCGCCUCUCGAAGGACAUGGACCCGCGCUUGGACUUGAUGGAGUUUGCCCGAGAGAAUCUUGAAUUCGCAGCUGAUUACCUCUAUCAUGAACGGGAAAUGAAGCGAAAGAUGGCUCGAGACACCUGA